AUGGCCAUCACUCAAUGUCUGAGUGCCGUGCGCCCCGUGGCCUGCGCCGCCUCUGCGAUCAGGGCGCGUCUCGGAUCAGUGCGCCACAUGUCAGGACCAUACGGCUACACCCAGGCCAAGGCCCUCGUCUUCUCCAAAUACGGCGAGCCAGGUGACGUUCUUCAGCUACACAAGCACUCCAUCUCGCCCAGCCUACCAUCCUCCUCCGUCCUGGUGCGCACCCUCGCGGCGCCCAUCAAUCCGGCCGACAUCAACACCGUCCAGGGCACGUACGGCGCCAAGCCGGCCUUCACGUCCCUGAUCGGCACGGCCGAGCCGUCGGCCCUCCCCGGAAACGAGGGCGUCCUGGAGGUGGUCUCGACCGGCGGCGCCGACACCGGGCUCUCCAAGGGCGACUGGGUGAUACCGGGGGCGACCCAGCUGGGCACGUGGCGCACGCACGCCGUGGUCGAGGCCUCCAGGCUGAUCCGGGUGGACAAGACGGGCCUGACGCCCCUGCAGGCGGCGACGGUGAGCGUGAACCCGUGCACGGCGUACCGCAUCCUGCGGUCGUACGGUCCCAGCGCCGGGCCCGGGCCCGGCCUGGGCAUGCGGCCCCUCGAGGUCGGCAGCGGCCAGUGGUUCAUCCAGAACGGGGCCAACUCGGGCGUCGGCCGCGCCGCCAUCCAGCUCGCCCGCCUCUGGGGCCUGCGCAGCAUCAACGUCGUCCGCGACCGCGACACCCCCGAGGCCACCGACGCCCUCGUGCGCGAGCUCACCGACCUGGGCGCCGACGUCGUCGUCCCCGAGUCGCAGUUCCUCUCGCGCGGCUGGCGCGACCGCCUGGCCGACAUCACCCGCGGCGGCCGCGAGCACGUCGGCCUCGGCCUCAACUGCGUCGGCGGCAAGUCCGCCACCUCGGUCGCCAGGUCCCUCGGCGACGGCGCCACCAUGGUCUCGUACGGCGGCAUGUCCAAGCAGCCCGUCUCCCUGCCGGUCGGCCUGCUCAUCUUCAAGGACAUCCGCUUCACCGGCUUCUGGCUCACCAGGUGGAACGAGCGUGACCCCGUCGGUCGCCGGCACAUGGUCAACGAUAUCCUCGAUCUCGUGCGCGCCAACAAGUUCAGAGAUGUGCCCGUCGACGAGAUCAGGUGGGAUUGGGAUACAGAUCUCGAGUCGCUGAGGGGUGCUGUUCAGCAGGGUCUCGAGGGGUACCGUAAAGGGAAGGGCAUCUUUGUGUUUGGUGAGACUUAG